AGUAUAAUUUUCUUAAAAUUUCAUACUAUUUCUAAUUUCAAUUGGAAAAACCAUUCCACUGGCUUCUUUGGAGCGGAUGAUUUCGAUUCAAUUCUUUGUGAGAGCUUGUAGAGGUUGAUUUUCCCUUCCGAUCUGAGAACAAGUACAAUGUCAACGUGCAAGUCGUCGUCGUCCUCGUCGAGCUCACCAAAAUCCUGGCUCAUUCAUGCUCUGGCCGCCGGAGCCGCCGUGGCCGUAGCUGCCGGCGCUCACCGGUACCUUUCCAGAUCGUGGAAGUUUCGGAGUCGGGUAAUCGGAAUCAUACCAGCUCGUUACGCUUCCACUCGGUUCCCAGGUAAACCGCUCCAGCAUAUCCUCGGCAAGCCCAUGAUCCAGAGAACAUGGGAAAGGGCAAAAUUAGCUACGACAUUGGAUCGAGUUGUUGUGGCAACGGACGAUGAUAAGAUUGCUGAAUGUUGUAGGGGAUUUGGUGCUGAAGUCAUUAUGACAUCUGAAUCAUGUAGAAAUGGAACUGAGCGUUGUAAUGAAGCUCUUCAAAAGCUUGAAAAGAAGUAUGACAUUGUUGUUAAUAUUCAAGGAGAUGAACCACUUAUUGAGCCUGAAAUUAUAGACGGUAUUGUCUUAGUCCUUCAGGCUGCACCAGAUGCAGUUUUUAGCACUGCAGUGACUUCCUUGAAACCUGAGGAUGCAUUUGAUCCAAACCGUGUGAAAUGUGUAGUUGAUAAUCGUGGUUAUGCAAUCUACUUUUCUCGGGGGCUUAUCCCGUUCAACAAGUCCGGCAAGGUUAAUCCUCGCUUCCCUUAUUUGCUCCACCUCGGAAUUCAGAGCUAUGAUACAAAGUUCCUCAAAAUAUAUCCAGAACUGCAACCAACUCCGCUGCAACUAGAAGAAGAUCUUGAACAAUUAAAGGUCCUCGAGAAUGGAUACAAAAUGAAGGUGAUAAAAGUGGAUCAUGAAGCUCAUGGGGUUGACACCCCAGAAGACGUACAUAAGAUAGAGAAAUUCAUGCUCCAACGGAACCUCUCCUAGUAGUAAAACGUUGCUCCAAACAGGUCAUUUUGUGUGUGUGCGCGCGCGCGUGCGUGCGUGCAUGUGGAUUUUAUUACCCUUACGUACACGCUAAUGCGCUAUGAGCAUAUGUGUGUUUGACUCUACUAUUUGAGGAUUUUGAGGUUUUUCUUUUCUACUUGCAAUGUGCUUCUUUUGUGGUGCUCUAUGCUUUCCGUACAUUAUGUGUUUUUCUCAAGCUAGAGUUCUCUUUUAGAAACAACUUUUUUACCCUCGAGUAAAAGUUUACUUUCGAGUAGGAGUGUGGUAGGAGUACGGUAUGUGUACACACAUCCUACUGGGCUGUUGUGUUAAA